UUCAAAAGGUAGGAACGGGAAAGCAUUUAAUUUAAUUUACUGUACUUUUUACGGUGCCAAACUUCCUUUCAUCUAUAGUAUUAAUAUAGUCCUGUCUAACUUAUAAGAUUUUAAUCAACUGAGAGGAAUUGGUACAAUAAAAAUGUUGCCACGAGCGUGCCUAUAAAUUGUAGAUUAUUGUUUGUAAAAUUUGUGAACAACGGUCAAGAAUUCGAGUGUUUAUAUAUUACCUAAACACAUAAACAGUAACCAGUAAAUAACGUACUCAUGAAGAAGGUCCGCUUUGAAAGCCCUCUAAAAUUUUCGACAAUGACCGAAGCGGAGUGUGAAUCUCCUCGGCCACUUAUCGGAGAUCAUGCCUUUAUUAUACCACCGGAAAUUCAAGAAUAUACAAGAAUUUUGCCCUAUAACUCAGAUCCUGCACAAAGAUUUGAGUGCAGUAAUAGCAUGCCAUAUCCAACUGUUAAUAAGACUCACUUGAGCGAUUUAUUAGAAAAGGGUCCUAAGUGUUUGCCAUCUAAUGAACUGGACUUGAGUUUAUUUGAUGCAUCAUGUUAUGAGACAAAGGCUCCUUCCAGACCGAUUCUUAAAAUCCCAGAAAGAAUUGACACACUACAUCAGAGUUCAGAUUAUAAUUUUCGUCCUGCAUUAUCAACUGUUCAUAAUCAAAGCAUAAACUCUCCUAAUAUUUUGAUGAAAGAUAACAGCUUCUUUAUCAGACGCAAUAAUAAUAGGGAUUUGAAUUGCACUGACAAUGGCCAAAUUUAUAAGCAAUUUGGUAGGUUAAGUUUGGGUAAAGAAAAUUAUCCUUUAGCUAAAAAAGGAGAAUUUAUUAAUAAUAUGAACUCACCAGAAUGUAUUCAGCAAAAACAGCCAGUUUCUUCAAAGCUUGUAUCUAUCCCUGCAACACAGACUCAAUACUGCUCAUGUCAUUAUUGUGUAAAGACAGUAUCAAAUGAACAUUGUUUGAGAGAAAAAUUUCAUUGUUAUAAUGCACCAAAAAAGAAAUAUUGUCAGUGUUGCUUACCAAAACCAAAUAACUGCACGCAUUGUGAUCACAAAAAGCAAAAACCUCCAAUUUGUAAUUUUAUCAGUGAACAAUCUGGCAAUUGUACAGUGGCAGAUGCUGUGGAUCAGAAGACUUUAGCUAUAAAAAGAUAUGAAGAAAAUGCCAUUCCUACAAAUACAGAAAUAGUACCACAAAAUAAUGUACUUAAGGAGAAAUGUGAACCAACUGUUGCAGAUUUAUUCAAAAUUAUAAAACAUCAAAAUGAACAACUUCAGCUGCUGCAAGAGAAAGUAGAUAAAUUCAUAUAUGCAACAGAAAAAACUCAACAGUGUUCGGAACCCAAAGAGAUGUUACAAAAUACUGAACAUAAAAUAUCUAUUGGUGUAAUGACCAGCUUUGAAGUGGUACAAACUUCUACGGUGAUCAACAAGGAGUUAUUUAAACAAACAAAUGAGAAUGCACAAAUACAAUGUAAUAGAUCACAAAUAAGUAUAAAAGAAGUGAUAUCAAAGGCUCAGCCGACAAAUAUAAAUUUUUUAGAUGGUCUAACGCCACCUUCUAAUUUACCACCACCUCAAGCUGCUUUAACUAACUCUAACACACAAAACAAUGGAAAUGAAGAGAAGAUAUUGAAUGAAAAUAGUUUGUAUAAUGUACAAGUUGAUAAUGCAACAACACCCUUUAUGUCACCAGAGCCAAGCAUGUAUUUGGAUGUUAGGGAUUAUAGUGAGUCUGAUGCAAGCAAUGAUGACCAGUCCAAUCUUGGAUGGACCUAUUACAAUAAAGUUAUGACUCACGUGAAUGGUAUAUUGCAAGACUCUGAUAUACCAUCGUCAGCUAGUGCACUGUACAGAAAUGCAAGACAAUGUGUGCAAAUGCACAUUGACAAGACGAAUGUCAGUGUUACUAAGAGAGUCAAGUUCGGCGAUGAUCCGCUGGGAUUACACCAGCCUCAUAUAUAUACUGCCCUUAAUGAUACAAGUUUGAAGAUGAACCAAUUAGCAGCUAAGUAUCUGAAAGGUCAGCCAACUCUAGCUUACAAAGAACCUGUCAAGCCCACGACGCCAGAGCCUCGCCCUGCGGACAUGUCCAUAGCGACGAGAAAUUACAUGGAACGAUAUAAAUUACUAGAAGGUACCCCAAAAUCACCGACAUAUGAAAUGCCUAGGUUUUUGGACAUCACUGCCUUAAAACAGCAACCGAAACUAAUGUAGACUAUUCCUAUCAAAUAUUUGGAUUCUGUUUUAAUUAUGUUUUAAUAAAUAAAAUAAAAUAUUUAUAUAGUUACUUCAUGCAUUUAUUACACGUACGUUGUAAAUUUUAAUAAAAGACGUUU